GUCACGAGUCAAGCACUCGGUAUAAAUAUUCCUGUAGCUGUAGCGUGUAUUGGUCAUAACAUAUAGUUAUGACCAACGACGGUGGUAUAACAAUGGACGUCCAUAUUACAGUUUUUAUUUGUUUAAUUUGUGCAUAUUGCAUUUUCGCCCAAGAAUUAUCAUUUCCAGACGAUGGAAACUCUAUCAAUGUCAUUCGAUCGUCAGAAACUCAUCACUUUAAAUGUUCAAUAAAAGUUGAUUAUAAGCCGUCGAUGUAUUUCAAUGGUUCAGGCGUAAUCUAUAAUUUUCCUGAAAAGUGUAAAUAUUACAGUAGUUCUGCAACUUCAAAUAACUCGUACAACGUGAAUUUCACCAUCCACGAAGUGACUCUGUUUCCUGAAAAGCUGAAGAACAAUUCAAGUCGCGAGAUUCCGAAUUUUACGUUAACUAGUCAGAAGUUAACGGACGAAAAAGAUAAGCUCUCAUUGACAAUUUUCAACGCGAUCGACAAGACUGAAGUGAAGAAGAACUUUGAAGAUAAUGUCUACUACUACAAAGAUGGUGAUCACUUGACCUUUUCCUGUAGUCGCCCCGCUCCUAAGAGCAUUCUUCCAUUGAUGGAAACCAGACUUAGUAUUGCUCAAAUGAAUGAUACAACAAUACUACUAAGUUAUUCAAAUAUAUUGAAUAAUGUAAGUGCCAGUGUCAUAUUAUCGAGGCGAGAUGACAAGUCUCGUAUAAUAUGUGCAAAUGACAAUCUCGAUAAUAAUUCAGAAUACUGGUCACAAGAAGUAAAAACGACUUUAGUUCUAGUAUCUGAUCAACCUCCAGAAAUGUCGCUGGCAGGCGGGAAUGGAAAAUUUUAUGAAACGUCGUACUCAAACUACGCUUACGAAGGUCCAACGAAUGAUGUUAUAACUAUAUCUUGCUCAAAGAAUCACACUAAAGGAUUUUUACACUGGGACUGUUUUAAUAAAGCAGAUGGCACCUGCCCGUACAUGCCGACUGUAAAGAACAACCAAAGCCAAACUAUAAAACUUUACAAUUUUUUCCUCUCGCCAGAACUGAAUGGGACAGAGGUUAAGUGUAUCUAUACAAGCCCUGUGGGUGUUCAAUCGAAAUCUACAAUCUCGCUCAAUCUAACUCAGGAGAACCACCAAAAUUACGGUAGCGCCCUCAUCGUUAUCGGAUACGUAUCUGCUGUACUGGGAUCCGUUUGUAUCGGAGCAUUGUCACUUUACUUCGGUUGCCGUAAAAGAUGUAGAGGCACAACACUGAAUAAUACGAUAAACAGACCUUUACCGGAAGUCCCGCCACGGUCUGUGGAUGAAACCAACAACGGCAUAGAAUUAGGUGAACAUGUAUACGGCACCAUAGACAACGCUGAAGGGGACUAUUCGUAUGUAAUAAUUGACAGAAGAAAUCCUGAAGACUACGGGAUUCCACGAUAAAAAAUUGGAAAUUUCCUCGAAAUAUAAUUUGAACAUGGCAUUUCGUUUUUCAUUUCAAUAUUAAUAUACAGGGUGUUUCUCCUAGGGUAUCAAGCCAUUGCGAGCUGAUAGCGGAGUACCAUACCUAUCUGUUUAACCCCCAUGUAUGUUCCACGAUUUUGCGUAGUUUUCGAGUU